AAACGCAUAUCACAAAAAGAAUACAUUAGUAAUAUUCAAUGGUUAUUGAAAAUCAAUUAAUUUUAAAUUAAAUAAAAAAAUAUAUGUUUUACUGCACAUCGUUAUCACACAAUUAUGCAAUAUGUUAUUUAUGUUUCAGGCGCCAAGUGGCAUUCACGACAAAAGAUAUUAACCCCCACAUUUCAUUUUAAUAUAUUGCAGCAUUUUAUUCAGAUUUUGAUUGAGGAAGGUGAAAAUAUGACCAAAUCUUUGAAAAAUGCAGGAGGCACAGUUGUGAAAGAUUUAGUACCAUUUUUUAGUGAACAUACGUUGAAUGCAAUAUGUGAGACAUAUUUGGUACCUGCUGGAACAAUCUUGCAUCUUUACAUUUACGGAGUUCAUAGAGAUCCCAAUUUUUGGUCAAAUCCGGAAGUAUUUGAUCCUGACAGAUUUUUGCCUGAAAAAAUCCGAAAUCGUCACCCUUAUUCGUAUUUACCAUUCAGUGCUGGACCACGUAACUGCAUUGGUCAACGAUUUGCUAUGUUGAAAAUGAAAGCGACGAUAGCUCCUCUUAUACACAAUUUCUACUUGGAGCCCAUUGAUUAUUUAAAGAAUUUUUGGAUGCAGGUUGAUUUGGUAUUUCGCCCUGCUCAACCACUUCGUGUAAAAAUUUAUCCCUGUCUGUAAAACAAAUGCAAGCCUUUGAAGCACAAAUAUCGAUUUAAUGAAAAUCAUAAAAAGCAAAGGAAAGGUUUUAUUUCCUUACAAAAUGAUUGUCAGCGUCGUAAUAAUAACACUUUGGUCACUGGUCAUUAUUGGUCACAAAAUUAAAAUAUAAAUGGAAUGUAUUAAAUGUAUAAAAUGUAUGUAUAGUGGUCAGCCGCGAUGACUUUGUAACAUAUACAACCAUAAGAUUCAAAAAUUAAAAUAACGCUUAGAAUAAUCAAUGAUUCAAAAGAUAAUUUUAACGUGAAUAGAACUUUUUAUCACAUUUUGAUUUAAGGUGGUCCUUUCGUGAGAACAAGUAUUAGAUAGAUACCUAAAUUUGAUAUAUGUUAAAUAUACAGUAAUAAGGGGCAUGUGUACGAAAAAUCAAGUAAGGUUACCGACACUUUACAAGAAAUAAGUCAUUCUAAAUGUGCGUUCGCGGAGCGUGCCAUUGUCAUUCUAUCCUUGUUUACAUCUAAUGAACGAGAAAGAUAGAAUGAUGCAAAUCGCCACGUCCGAGGUUUUCAACGAAUAAUACAUGUACUUAGCGAUCAGAUGAAUACAUUAUUCAUGUCUUAAAAUAUUCCCUGAAGUUUCCGGAUUUCGUACAUACCUUGAAAAUAAGGGCUUGCCGAAUGUUUUGCUCUGAUAUAUGAGGUUAAAUAAGUAGUGGUCCAAUCGCAUAUUGCUUUACUUGUACUGUCAUGCCUGACCUAACCUAAAUCGAGUCCAACCGCACUACUAUUGUGAUAUUUUUUUAAUUAGUAAAUAAUUAAAUACGAUUAAAUCGUGCGUGUAAAAUCAUAUUAUAUUAUUAUAAUUAUUGGGAUGUUGUGUAAUGUUUGUCAAUAUGUUUGUUUUCAAUUACCUCAUGACGGACUGUUACUUGACUAGCUGGGUCCGCGAAAGGACCACCUUAAUAUCUAUUAAAAUAUUUGUAAAUUUUUCAAAAAAGAUCUUUAUAAGACUAAACUUUCACAGUAUCAGAUUAAUUCAUUUUCUCUAAUAAUUAUUUUUAAAUUGUUGAAAUAAAGCGAUCCAAAUAAACGGGAAGAAAUGAUUGAUUUACACAAAUAGUAAUGCUUACUGCAAAGUUGUUCAACUGGCGUCAGGUGUAGUACUUCCAGGCUUCUUCCUCCAUCUCUUAACAGAACUUCUUCUCAUUCGCAUCACGAUGCAAAGUUAUACAAAAUAACUUAAAAAAAUACAGUUUUUAUCAAGAAGUAUAUAUCUGUUACCCGUUUUGUGUUUCUAUUACGUUUUCAUUAAUUUAACGUGGACUU